ACACGUGGUGGUAGUGGCAGCGGAUCGGCCUCAACAGCAGCCAUUGGUGGCGGUGGUGUGGCCACAGCUGGCGGAAAUGAACGAAAUGUUAGCAGCAGUAGUGGCUCAGCGGCUGCUUCUGCCUCAUCAGCAUCAUCGUCUGGGGAAAAUAAUAUACAAAUAACACAACCGAUAAGUGCACCCUCAUCACCCUUGGCCUCGCCGGGUGCCAUUAGUCCCUCGUCAUUUUGUCUGCCAUCAAGUUCCACGGGAUCAGCAAUGGGCGCCGCCACAAACGGCAGUGGUUCAUAUGUGUGUCCCAACGGUGUUAGCUCCAGCAGUUUGUCCUAUGCCAAUUUGGGAGCCUCAAAUUCGAAUGAUACGGCCGAUCCCAAUUGGCAGGCAACCAAGGCCACAGUACUGGAGCGAAAUGCGGCCAUGUUUAAUAAUGAGUUAAUGUCGGAUGUUAGAUUUGUGGUGGGCGGAGAUUUUGAUACUGUCCAAACGAUACCAGCUCACAAAUACAUAUUGGCCACUGGCAGUUCAGUAUUCUAUGCAAUGUUUUAUGGUGGCUUGGCCGAAAAUAAAAACGAAAUUAAAGUGCCUGAUGUAGAACCAUCGGCCUUUCUUACCCUGUUAAGAUAUUUAUAUUGCGAUGAAAUACAAUUGGAACCUGAUAAUAUUUUAGCCACACUGUAUGCAGCCAAAAAGUACAUUGUACCCCAUUUGGCCCGAGCCUGUGUCAACUAUUUAGAAGUUAAGUUAACGGCAAAAAACGCCUGUCUACUUCUCAGUCAAUCACGUCUUUUCGAAGAGCCCGAACUGAUGCAACGUUGCUGGGAAGUAAUCGAUGCUCAGGCCGAGAUGGCCAUAAAAUCUGAGGAUUUUGUUGAUAUUGAUCUCAAGACUUUCGAAUCGAUUUUAUGGCGCGAAACGCUCAACUGCAAAGAGAUCCAUCUCUUUGAGGCCGGCCUGAAUUGGGCUCAAAAUUGUUGCCAGAAAAUGUCAAUUGAUGCGACGCCACAAAAUAUGCGUAAAGUUUUGGGUCAAGCAUUGCAUUUAAUACGCAUUCCCACCAUGUCAUUGGACGAGUUUGCCAAUGGUGUUGCACAGACGGGCAUUUUAACAUCACAGGAGACGAUCGAUAUGUUUUUACAUUUUACCGCGAAGGUCAAACCGUCGUUAAAUUUCCCCACCAAGCCACGGGCUGGUCUCAAGACACAGGUUUGUCAUCGUUUUCAAUCGUGUGCAUAUCGUUCGAAUCAGUGGCGUUAUCGUGGCCGUUGUGAUAGUAUACAAUUUUCGGUGGAUCGAAGAAUCUUCAUUGUCGGUUUCGGUUUGUAUGGCUCGUCGACUGGUGCUGCAACAUAUAAUGUUAAAAUCGAAUUGAAACGUUUGGGUCGUACCUUAGCCGAAAAUGAUACAAAAUUCUUUUCCGAUGGUUCCUCAAAUACCUUCCAUGUAUUCUUUGAAAAUCCCAUACAAAUUGAACCGGAAUGUUAUUACACAGCAUCGGUUAUUUUAGACGGUAUUGAGUUGUCGUUUUUCGGUCAAGAAGGUAUGUCCGAAGUGUGUAUGGGUAAUGUUACGUUCCAGUUCCAGUCAUCAUCGGAAAGUACAAAUGGUACCGGUGUACAAGGUGGUCAAAUACCCGAAUUAAUAUUUUAUGGACCGACAGCAGUACCCUCACCAAUGCAAUCGAUGUGUGCCAGUCCUAUUGGUGAAUUGGAAGCUGGUUGUGGUAUGGGCGGUAGCGGUGGUCUAUUGUCGCAGUAA